CGUUUCCUGACACCGGCGCUAUUCUCCGCGAACAGCCUGGGAAAAUAAAAGUGCGUGGGCUCCGGAGCCGGAGAAAGGGCUGCCGCACACCGCACGCUGGGAGCAGCGCCGUGCAUCCCGGUGCGAGCGUGGUGUACGGACAGUGCAGGUCCAGAAGCGCGGCACUGGGUGGAUCCUGUGCGUGAUCAUCCCUCGCAGGCUGUGAAUGUGGGCACCAUGAGCAAGACUCCCCCCAACCGGCGAGGGAUAACAUUUGAGGUGGGAGCGCAGCUGGAGGCUCGGGACAGCUUGAAGAACUGGUACGCGGCCAACAUCGAGAAGAUCGACUACGAGGACGAGAAGGUCCUGAUCCAUUACCGCCAGUGGAGCCACCGCUACGACGAGUGGUUUGACUGGGCCAGCCCAUACCUCCGGCCCGUGGAGCGGAUCCAACUGCGUAGGGAAGGCCUUCAGGACGACUGCCCCAUCCCCGGCUUUCAUGUAAACGAUAAGGUUCUAGCCAGCUGGUCCGAUUGCCGCUUCUACCCUGCCAAGGUUAUAGCCGUCAACAGAGAUGCUUCCUACACUGUGAAGUUCUACGACGGCGUCAUCCAGACGGUUAAAGGGAUUCACGUCAAGCCGUUCAUCAGAGAGAGGAAGGGGGGGAGGUCGAGGGCCAGUGACAGGAGCCAGGAGAAGCCGCCCAGCCGGAGGGCAGUGAGGAGUCGUCAGGGGAAACCAGUAGAGAACGGCCAGAACCAGAGGGGGCGGCCCAGCAGCUCGGAUCAGGACCAGGAGAGUGAGAGUGAGGAGGACGAAGAAGAGGAGGACGGCGACGACGGACGGGAGAGGAGUGAGGAUCAGCCCCGUGGUGACGAGACGGCGGGCAAACGGGAGAGAGGCAUGAAGCGCCGAACCUCCGAGGGGGAGACCCGGGGGGAGCAGAGGAAGAGGAGGACUGCAGAGAGGAAGAGGCCGACGGAGAGGAGCCGGGAGCUGGAGUCAGAGGGAGUCGCCCUGAGUAAGGAAGAGAGCGCCGUCUCAGAGAGGAGGGCCGUGGGGGAAGUGCAAGGAGGUGGGAGCUCAGGGGAGUGGCUGGGAGAGAACUCCUGCACAGAAAGCAAGGAGGCGAGCGAAGAGGCGAACAUGUCAAUGGGGAUACAAGCCUGCGAGGAGGGAGGAGCGCAGGGCACCUCUGGGGAGGACAUGCAUCAGGAGGCAGUGACCAAGGUGGAGGAUGAGAGAGGGGAUGGCAAGGAAGAGGACAAGGAGGCUGCAGCGGCACAGUGCCACCCGCUGGGCAGGAGGACCCGACACCGCCUCUCCACAGCGAGGUGGGCGGAGAAUGCAGAUGGUGGUGUCCUGGAGCUCCGGAAGAGGCGGAUCUCCCUCGGACAGUCCACACCCUCGAAGAGAAGCAAGUCGGACGCUGCCGCAGACAAGGACAGCACCACAGAACCAAAACCCGCUGAGCCCCCAAGUAAGGGGAUGUCUGAGUCAGGACCUGACCCUGCCCCUCCAUCCUCUGCAUCAACCACAGACAGCAAGGAGGGGUCUGGGGACACUGGCCAGUGGGGGGAACCCAGUCACCCUAGAGAUGGGGAGGCACCAGCGCCCCCUGCCAAAGUACCUGUGAGGCGGCAGGCUAAUAACCCUAACAGGUUCAGCCGGGAGCCACUGUACAGAGUCAUCAAAAACCAGCCCCCACCCGUUCUCUUCAUCAACCUCGACCACAACCCAUUCAAAUGUGAGGUUCCCAACUGCCUCAAGUCUUUCCGUAAGGCUAAGCUACUUCACUACCACAUGAAGUACUACCACAGCGGGGACGCCGUCCAGGAGGGGGCGCUGAGCCCUGGGUGUGGUAUUAAUACGCGAGCGUCUGACAAGCAGAGUGCUGGUGCGUUGCCCAAGAGCCCCAAGAGGAGGCGGACUGUGUCUGCUUCCAUGCACUCCUCCAUGCACAGCCCUCAUCGCACCCCCCAGUCCCCCCGUGGUGGUGGCAAGGCGAGCAUUAGGCCAGUGGAGAAGCGCCGCACGUCGGCACCCCCUGCUGUCCACAUGCAGAAUACCCAGAGAACGUUGCUCCGGGAGAAGAUCAAAGAGAACCACGUGGAGAAGGCUGGCCGCAGGCCGCAGGAGAGGGACAGGGGCGACAUAGAGACGGCUCUCCUCAAACCUCGGGAGGACGGCAGGGAAAAGAAGCACGAUUUCCUCCGAAUCAAGCUGAAAAAGAAGAAGAAGAAGAAGAAGAAGUCCAAGUCUGCGUACACGGGUAGUGAGGAGAACAUUGACAUCUCGCUAUUUGGCUUCCCGCCCAAACUGAGCUUGUCGCAUAAAUUGCCCCCCUCACACAAACACAAGUUUGAGUCGCACGGCUGCGGCACAGGGCAGCUCAGCAAAGGGCUGAUCCGCGUGGACGUAGAUGAAGCCAGCGGCAGCGACUGGUCGUCUGACAGCCUCGGCUGGAGCGAGGAUGAGGUGGAGCUGGAUGUGACCACGCCCUCUCAGGACCUUGCCAUCUCCAUGGCGAUGGAGGACUCUGACAUCGUGCGGUGCGUCUGCGAGGUGGAGGAGGAGAAUGACUUUAUGGUGCAGUGCGAGGACUGUCUGUGCUGGCAGCAUGGUGUCUGCAUGGGGCUUCUGGAGGAGAGCGUGCCGGGGAAAUACGCCUGCUACAUCUGCAGGGAUCCGCCAGGCCAGCGGCAGAGCCAGCGGUACUGGUGCGACCGGGAUUGGCUGAGCAGCGGUCACAUGUACGGCCUGCCCUUCCUGGAGGAGAACUAUUCGCAUCAGAACGCCAAGAAGAUCGCUGCCACGCACCAGCUUCUGGGGGACGUGCACCGCGUGGCUGAGGUGCUCAGUGGCCUGCAGCUGAAGAUGAGCGUCCUGCAGAGUCAGACCAGCCCCGACCUGAAGAUGUGGCGGCAGCCCUGGAGGCAGGCAGAGAAACCCAAGAGGAGGAGCCUGGCUGGGGGUGUGGCCACAUGGUCCCCACUGCCGAGCGACGUGGAGGAGAAGGGCGGGGCGGCCCCAGAGGCCACAGCGACAGACAGAGUGCCGCCACGCCCCCUGCAGGCCUCUUACAUCAGCAGCGAGCACUGCUACCAGAAGCCGUGUGCGUACUACCCAGCAGGGGAGCGCCGGCUGGUGGUGGAGACGUGGGGUGGGUCUCCCAGCACGGAGCUGGAGCGCGGCCUGCUCAGUACCGAGGAACCACUGGAGCGUGAGUGUGGCACGGCCCACGGAACCCCGGAUCGGGCCAGACACGGCACGGAGGAGGACGGCCCCAGGUGGAUGCUGGCGGCGUGGGCACGUGAGGAGAGCGUGCUGGGCACCGGCGAGCCAGCAGGGGGUGCUGGCUGCCUGCCACGCCAAUGGCAGAACAACCUGCUGGAUCACAUCGAGGCCGUGCAGGACGAGGUCACCAACCGCAUGGAUUUCAUCGAGAGGGAGCUGGAUGUCCUGGAGAGCUGGCUUGACUACACGGGCGAGCUGGAGCCCCCCGAGCCUCUGGCCCGCCUGCCCCAGCUGAAGCGCCGCAUAAAACAGCUGCUCUGUGAGCUGACCAAAGUGCAGCAGAUCGCUCACUGCUGUUCCACAUGAGGGCGCCGUUGAGCCUCCACCCUCCCCCACGCCCACAACCUGAAACUUUCAGUCAGAACCAUCAUGUCUGCAUACAGAGCAGAUUUGCAUCCAGACUGGUUAUUUCCGGUGCCCUACAGGUACAAGAACCUGACUUUGGAGACGGGUGCUGGGUGGUGGUUGAGGGGUGGGGUUGGGUCUCCAGGAUGUGGAAGGCAAGAUGUCCAAGAAAAGAGCCAGAGACUCUCUAGAGGAGCGUGUACCUUACUGUGCUCAAAAAACGGAAAACAACCCCUAUAAAGCAGCUGGAGUCUUUUGGUCCUUGAAGGUCCCCGGUUUAAAAAAAAAAGCAAAAACAAACUUCAAGCGUCAUUUUAAUGACACUUAAGGCAGUUUUAAUGUAUCACUGUUCUUAUAAGCAGUGCAUGUUAAACUGUCUUCCUUUACAGAAUAGCCAGUCCUUAUUAUAGGUGUCGCUAGACAGUUCCAAAUGCCUCCGCUCACUUCUGCCCCCCCCCCCCCAGCUAUAAACACUCCAUAUGCCCUCCAGCGGUCCUGGGGGACAAGCUUCCUCCUUUGUUCGCGUAUCAGAAAAAUGACCAAGCCGCCUUUAGCGCGUCCAAACAAACUUUAUUGCUGGGAAUCAUCUUUCAAAGUCCUGUAUUUCAAACAGGCGUACCAUUAUUUACAGCACCAGCUGUAUUAUAAUGAGUUCUGCUUGUUCUCCACUAAAGAGCCAUUGGGUGCCAUUUUUACAAAAUGGUAGCAAACGUAGGAGGUCACAUGGUAGGUCACAUGCUACAGUGGCCAUUCCAUGUCUUGGCAGGGAGAAGAAAAAAUUAGUAACGAUAAGUGUUACUUUGUGUUUUUGGUACCUUUUGAUUAAAAUAUUUCUAAAACGGCUGGUUGGCUGAAUGUCUUUUAGGGUUUAUAUCAAAAGAUGCUUUGCAAUACUCAAUUGUUUAAUCAAAAUCCUAUAAACAAGUAAUGUUACCUUUAUAUUGUAAAGGUAGCAGAAUUCCUCAGAACUGAGUUUUUGAAUGGUGAGGAUGUGUGCUUUCUCAAAAAAAAAGAAAUAAAUUCCAAUAUUUAUUGUUUAAAUAGCGUAUUUAGCCAAGACCAUAUCCGUCCACGUUGUAUGAAAUGCCUUCACCUGCUGACCUUGGUGUCACUGUUUUCUAUGGAAAGUCGUACGAUCGGGUGAGUUUACAUUAUACAUGUUAGUGGGAUUUCUGUCGUAUCAUACUUUUAUUCCGCAAUGUCAGUGUUUUUACAGUUAUUUUCAAUGCCUUCCGAUUGUACAUAAUUUUUUAUUUUUUUUUUUUUACUGUGGUUUGCUUUGUUCUCUAAACGUUUUAUUUAUUGCGGAUCAAAAAGUUAAUUUAUUUGAUUCCCCCACCCGCCCCCUUUUUGGACGCAAUGCUGUGUUAGGGUGUGGGUUGUCUUGAGCUUGAUUUGACAGCUGUCCUGUUAGGAAAAAGAAAUAGCUUUUUUAUGUUAUCUUUACAUGUUUUGUAGUAGGUCAUUUAGAGGUAAAAGGAGAUGCAAAGCAUUUUUUUAUUUUUUUUUUUGCACGGCGUUUCACAGUGUCCGUUACCGUCUAACGGGAGUUCUGUCGGCUGGUGGGGUAACCAUGUGUCUGGCUGGGACACUAGCGGUCAUUUUCCUCGCUUCCUUCCUCAUCGUGUCUUCUGUGGUAGUGCUGAUGUCCGUUCUGUUAAGCUGCUGUUGAUAGAUUCAACUUAAAGAGUUUGUGUAGAUAUUUUGUUCACUCUGCAGAGGAAGGGGAACACACCGCACCGCCUUCUGUUAAAAUUCACUACUGUAGACUUACACGGAUGUCAAGCCAUAGAAAAAAUGCAUUUUUGUUUAGCAUUACUUUCUGUGUACCCCCAUUUGACAUUAUGAAGCAGUAUGUUCUUUUGACUGAAAAAUCUGGGUUUUUUCUGAGGUGAUUGCGAGAAAUUCUACUGGACUUGAUGUUUGUACAGCUGGAUUCAUUACUGGCAGUAAUAUUUUGACAAAACUGUUGCAACGUCCUCGACUAAUCCAAGAAAAUAAACAGUCUUUUCCAAAAAGUUCUCUGGAA